AUGGGGUUCGCUCAGAUAACGAUAGCUCUUACGAAGAUCGAAGACAUGGUAGGGGAUACUACGAAGCAGAAGCUCAUUGACGAGCUCGCGCGCGCAAAGGCCACAAUCGACCAGCAGAAAAUCGACCUUACCACCGCAGCUACUUUGCGGGAGGAAUUGAUAGCAAAGCAUGGGGAGGCCAUCGGCGAGAUGAGGGCCACCGCAAGACUGCACGAGGAGGAGAAUGUCGCGCUCAAGGCACAAAUCACCGAGCUCCUGCGCCAGCUCGCGGAUCCCCGCGAACAGCCCCCGCCACCGUCGAGACGCGGAGCCCUGACCUUCGCAGAGUCUAUCCCGCGUCGCCCACAUGUGAUCCCCUCCCCUGGCGAUCCGACGCCCCUCCCCGUGGGAACCCCCCACAUUCUCCCACCUCAGCGGGAUACGCUGAUGACACCAUCGGAGACGCCGUCUGCGCGGCGUCGUGGCUCAGCGCUCGAGGAAUGGAAUCGGAAGAAGAGGCGGGCGUUGUCGACGUCCGACGUGUCGUCGGAGAGGGUAGAGUGGGCUGUCUCUACCUCUGACGACGAGGACGAAGACACGUCCCGUCAUCCGCCGUUCUCCGCCGUUCUCCUCCACGUCCCACGGCCCCGUGCCAUUUCUUUCCGGUGGUGGCGGUGCGCCUGGCUUCGAGCCAGCACCGUCCGCCCCAACCGCCGCGAUGAGCGCGAUGCCCGCUUCCGGCUCAUUCGAGCCUCUGACUUCCGCUGGCGCCGCGAUUUCUCCCGGAUCCCCGGGUCAGCGCUCACCAUCCCGCUUCGCGUCGCGCGCAUCCCCUGGCUCACCGAGCCAGCGUCGCUCGCAGGCCCCGGCUCCGCGAGCUCUAGCUCUCGCGGACCGGGGCAGAUCUUCUCUGGCUUUGCGCCAGUCCCUGUCCUGUCCGGAUCCGCCGAGGACCGCACUGCUCCGCCUGGCCGUCGGCCAGCCUCCAUCGCCCCGGGUUUAUCUGGGAGUCGCGGUCCCUUUGUAGGGGCGCCUACCGUCUCGCUCUUCCCGUCCGACCUUGCAGGGCGCGGCGUCUUCUCUGGUGCGAUGCCAGCUCCGGUUCUCCCGGGCCCUACGAUGGGUCGCGGUGUCUUCUCUGGCCCUGCGCCAGCUUAUCUUCUCCCGGGCCCAUCGCAGGGUCGCGGUAUGAUGCCACCGCCAGCUCCAGGGAUCCAGAUCCCAUCCGCAGGAGGCUUUGCCUCAGCACCCGUCCCCGUCUCUGGCCUCGCGCAAUCGCCGAGCUCUGUGCCAUCCGGCACAAUCACCGUCGUCUCGGUCGUGGCCAUUGACCACGUCGCCGCCAAGAUCUCCGAGUGGUGGGCGAGGGCAGAGGCGAAUCGUCCCGGAUCAGGGAGGGUGUGGCAUCAGCCCACGAGCAAGAGGAUUCUCUGCGUGGAGCUGAAGUCCAGGACCUCCCGAGUAGUCGUGGCACAGCCAGCGUCCAACUACUAUGGGAAGGACCGCCGGGAUUAG